UCUGUAAACGAAAGCUUCACAACAGUAUUCUACUCCGACUCCGCGCCUGUCACUCAUGCUGCCUCCGUGACCUCUGCCGCUAUAUACUCGCGUCGCCGAUUGCUCGGUAUCAUUGUUGUUGUCCCCUCUCCCGCGCGCGCACGGCACCGCACCCCAUUAGAUCGUUCUUCGCCGUCGUCGGCGAACCUGUAGUUCAUCAGAGGUCCUCUUGCCGUCCGCCGGCCGCCGGUAGCCGGGGUGGUGGAUCGUGCACGAUGGAGGACUUCGUGGUGAGCUACGUGGUGACAGGACUGGCGUUCUGGUCGACGGCGUUCCUGGUGAUGCGGGCGCUGAUGCCGAAGCGGUCGUACGAGUUCUGCAACCGCGCCGUGUCCACAAUGCACGCCGUCGCCGCCGUCGGCAUGUCCUGCCUCUCCGUCGCGGACUGGUCCUGUCCCGUCUGCCCGCUCAACGCCCCCUCCUCCCAGCGCCAGAUGAAGUCGCUGGCGGUGACGCUGUCGUACAUGAUCUACGACGCGGCGUGCUGCCACCUCAACGGCGACGUGCGGCUCGACAACACCGUGCACCACCUCGUCAGCAUCGUCGGCAUCGGCGCAGGCCUCGCGUACCAGAGGUGCGGGACGGAGAUGAUGGCCUGCAUGUUCAUCACUGAGAUCUCCAGCCCGCUGCUGCACCUCAGGGAGAUGCUCAAGGAGCUCGGCGUCAAGGACACAGACCUCAACCUCACCGUCGACAUUCUGUUUGCGGCGACCUUCUCGGUGGCACGGAUGGUGGGAGGGCCGUACCUAACCUAUGUCACCCUGACGACAGAUUACCCGAUCCUCAUCAAGGCCAUGGCGGCGGGCUUGCAACUGGUGAGCGCCUACUGGUUCCUCAGGAUCCUACGGAUGGUCAGGUACAAGCUCGGGAAGAAGAGACCUGCAGCGGCGCCCAAACUCGCCGACAACUGAUCCAUCGAUGCACAUAUGGAGUAUGUUGCUUGCAACCUUGAGCGAUUCUUCUCUGGCAGUGGCCUCUGGGGGAAAGGAUCGGAUCGUGGGCCUGUACCAUACCAAUUGUCAUCGAUGCAUAUACAUAUAUACUGUAGCAAUUCAAUUUGACUGUCGUGCGUGCAGAAACAACAACAGUUUACAAUCA